CCGGGCUCGUUCAUCAUGAUGGAUCAGUUUUACAGCCAGAACAAGUCGAGAUCGUCGAGCGAGGGAAGCGACAACAAGGAGGACAUCGACGGUUCCUUCGUCACCGCCUUCGACGGCAUGAACUAUCACAGAAAGAGAAUGAACGAGUACCUGUGUCACGGCUUCGUGGCCGAGGAAAUUUUCAAGGAGGUCGGCCCGGCUCGAAUAAAGCGUCGAAACAACGAUCAGAGGCGCAACUCGCUGACGGACUUUCUCGGCAGCAACGAUCAGAACGUCACGGUGCACGACAAGCUGCUGUCGGACGAGGGUAGCAAAAAAUACAAGGACUGGCUUCACAAAACGACGACGUUGGACGACAUCUAUCGUCAUUACGCGCCGAACAAGGUAUUCAAGAAGAAGCAAGAAAUUCACGAGAAUCUCGAGGACGAGGGCGAGAUCGAGGAGUUCGAGGGCGAGCUCACCGGUUACACCGUACCGUCGCGCCAUUCCGUCGGCAAAAUUAGCAAGCCCGGCAAAGCCGAUCUGUUCUCCGCCGGCACGGGCUACGGCGGCGGUGGCGGUGGAGGCGGCUAUCCGAGCUACGGACCUCCCCAGGUAAGUUACGGGCCGCCGAUGCAUCAUCCGCCGCCGCCGGCCAUGCAUGCCUAUCCGCCGACCAUACACGAGCAGCACAUCCAUCUGCCCGGCAACAAUUAUCACGAGAUCGAGGAGGAGGAGUACUACCCGGUGCAUCACGAGAAGAGCAAAGGCCACGACUUGACGAUCAAGGACUUCUUCGAGAUCGCCCUGACGGCUCUGGCUUUUCUGGCGUUCGGUCUGUUCAUCAUUCAGCUGCUGAUGUACAUACACAAUCCAUUCAACACGACGACGACGGCCGCACCGACGGUGAUAGCGGCCGAUCUGGAUCAGCGCUUCAAGCGUCAAGUGCUGCAAGCUCGGCCCGACGACCCGCUCGCCUUCGCCGGUGGUAACGAGGAGCUCGAGGAGCUCGCCCGACGCGUCAUGCGAUCGAUCGAGGCCGCCCUCGUGGCCGACGCGGACCGCGGCAACUGUCUGCGACGCGCCCUCUGCGAGGACAAUCGAUACUCGCUCGAUCGCGCGGACGGCCAGCGCAUCUGGAUACCCGUCUGGAGCCUGGGCAUGAGCUGGGCGAGCGGUCGAGUCGUGGCCGCGCCCGGGCGCAAGUGGCCGACGAUGCUGGACACCCUCAAAGCCAGCCUGCUGGGCCUCGGUGGCGCCGACUGCGCGAGCCUCUAUCCCGACUGUCAGCUACGGAGGGAGCGUCGCGAUCGCAAGCGCCGCAGGAGACGAAGAAGGAAACGUCGAUGA